GCAUCACUCCCCAUUACAUCUCGGUCCAGACAGAAGGAAGGAAGAGCCGAGCGAGAGGCAUAGCCAUCAUCAUCAUCAUCUUCCUGCCUCCUGCCACACCCAGCCGGUGGUGGGUGCUGAUGCUAUAACCAUUGUGUGCAGCUGACAAACCCUGGUUGAUGCAGUGAAGUGUUCCAGAGGGAUAAACACAAGCAAAGGUUGCCGGCCAUGGGGAACCUCAUUAAGGUCCUUGGCAAGGAUUUAGAGAACUGUCCACAUUUUUUCCUGGACUUUGAAAACGCCCAGCCUACGGAGGCAGAGACGGCCGUGUGGAACCAGGUCAGCGCAGUGCUCGAGGAGGCUCAUGGGAUCCUCGCCGAGCUGCAGUCCUAUAACGGAGCGGGACAGGAGAUAAGAGAAGCCAUCCAGAACCCAGGUGAUCUAGCUCUUCAGGAGAAAGCCUGGAAUGCAGUCUGCCCCCUGGUGGCUAAACUGAAGCGUUUCUAUGAGUUCUCUCUCAGACUGGAAAACGCCCUGCGCAGCCUGCUGGAGGCGCUGACGAGCCCGCCGUACGCUCCCAUGCAGCACCUGGAGAGAGAGCAGGCCCUUGCCAAACAGUUCGCUGAGAUCCUUCACUUCACGCUCAGCUUUGAUGAACUAAAGAUGACAAAUCCAGCCAUUCAGAAUGACUUCAGUUACUACAGGAGGACCAUAAGCAGGAACAGGCUGAACAACCAGCAGUUGGAAGCUGAGAAUGAGGUCAAUAACGAGAUGGCCAAUCGGAUGUCGCUGUUCUAUGCUGAAGCCACGCCCAUGCUGAAGACACUCAGUAAUGCCACGACCAAGUUUGUUUCAGAGAAUAAGACUUUGCCCAUAGAGGACACCACGGACUGUCUGAGCACCAUGGCGUGUGUGUGUCGUGUCAUGCUGGAGACUCCGGAGUACCGCUGCCGGUUCACCAACACAGACACCAUGCUGUUCUGCAUGAGGGUGAUGGUGGGCGUCAUAAUUCUCUAUGACCACGUUCACCCCGUCGGGGCUUUUGCCAAGACCUCCAAAAUCGAUAUGAAGGGCUGCAUCAAGGUGCUGAAAGAGCAGCCGUCGAACAGUGUGGAAGGACUUCUGAACGCACUGAGGUAUACGACACGACAUCUAAAUGAUGACAGCACCUCCAAACAAAUCAGGGCCCUCCUGCAAUGAGAGCAAGCAGAAGAAAAGGAGGAGGAGGAAGAGAAACAAACACUUUGUUUACAACGAACAAAGAAUCAGAAUCAUCUCCGGGUUACAAGAAACCUGAUGGUCAUAACAAGAGGAAAAAAAUUAUAUUUAUUGUCAGCUGUCCAUCAUUCUGUCUUCUCAUUUUGUAAAGUAAGAAAAGUAAAAAAAAAAAAAAAAAGGAAAGAGAGAAAAGAAACUAUAGAUAUAUAUAUUAAAACAAGUGAAACAGCAACAGGAAAUGAUAAUAGGAAGAAUUAAAGAGGAAUCUUUAUCGCAAAAUUUAAUGCAAACAUCGACUGAAAAUGUACAAAAAAAG